AUGAGCUAUAUAUUUUACCACACUAUCAAGCCAUUGGAAGUACUGGAAAUAGAUAAUGAAGCAUUAAUUGUAAUGCCAUACCUUAAAACUUUGUCUAAAUUGGAAAACAUUGACAUGAAUACAUGGAAUUCAAUUUGCAUACAGCUUCUAGAAGCUGUAAGUUUUAUGCAUGAUCUUAAUAUUGAUCAUCUUGACCUUAAAGCAGAUAAUACUGUUUUUGAUCCUCAGACAAAACAAAUUUUUAUAAUUGACUUUGGUCAUGCUAAGAAGUGA